AUGAACGCCUCAGCCAUCAACUAUGAGGUACAGAUUCUGCUCGCCAACGGCACCGGCGGAUCCGAGACGGCGACGCUCUCUGGCGGGAACUUUAGCCACCACGGCGAGCUGAACGACAGCCACCUGGCGGCGGUGUCCUGCUACGACGACUACCCGCCCAACGAGCUGCUGGUGGAGUUCGAGUUCUGGAUCAGCGGCGUCGUGAUGAACGCCGUUGCGCUGAUCGGAAUCCUGGGCAACAUUUUCUCUAUGGUGAUCCUAUCGCGGCCGCAGAUGCGCUCGAGCAUCAACUACCUGCUGAUCGGGCUGGCCCGCUGCGACACGGUGCUCAUCCUAACCUCGGUGCUGAUCUUCGGCCUGUGCGCGAUCUACCCGCACACGGGCUACCUUUACUACUACCACUACCAGAUCUUCCCGAAGAUCUCGCUGGUGGUGUACCCGUUGGCGAUGAUCGCCCAGACGGCCAGCGUGUACCUCACGCUAACCGUUACGCUCGAGCGGUACGUGGCCGUAUGCCAUCCGUUGCGGGCCCGAGCCCUCUGCACGUACGGCCGGGCGCGGCUGUACGUCGUCGGCAUCCUGAUCUUCUCGAUCCUCUACAACCUGCCCCGGUUCUGGGAGGUGACGCUCAUCUCCUCGAAGCAUCCGGACACCGGGCUCACGAUCUACUGCGUGAAGGCGUCCGACAUGCGGACUGACGCGACCUACAUCAAAAUAUACAUCCACUGGCUGUACAUGAUCUUCGUGUACUUCCUGCCGUUCAGUCUGAUCUCGUUCUUUAACCUAAUGAUCUACCGGCAGGUGCGGCGGGCGAACAAGGAACGCCAGCGGCUGUCGCGCUCGGAGAAGCGCGAAAUCGGCCUGGCCACGAUGCUGAUCUGUGUGGUGAUCGUGUUCCUGCUCUGCAAUCUGCCCGCCAUGAUGAUCAACAUCGUCGAGGCGUUCUACAAUGUGAUCAUCGAGUAUAUGGUGAAGGUGUCGAACCUACUAGUGACCAUCAACUCGAGCGUCAACUUCUUCAUCUACGUCAUCUUCGGCGAGAAGUUUAAGCGGAUUUUUCUUCUCCUCUUUUGCAAACCGCGCGGCCGCCAGUCGCCGGACGACGGGCUGAUCCACGACGACAGCUCGUUCUCGAACGGUGACGCCAGCAACCGGAACUCGGGCCGCUUCCAGCGGGUCGGCACCACGCGCAGCACGUCCACGAAGCUGAGCAACUGCAGCAUGCGCACGAUCCGCACGACCGUGCGGAGUACGCGGGCCCCAUCGCCCGGGCCGAUCGUCUACUAUCCGGCGCGGGACACGCUGCCCCGUCUUACCCAGCCGCCGGCGAUCACGAGGAGCAGCUCCAUGUUCCCGGACUGGAACCGGACCGAGAACGGUACGAACGGCGGCAUCAUGAUGGCGUCCUCCGGCUUCUAGCUGGACGCUCGCCGCUGGCACAGCGUACUCACCGUCGACCCGCCAAUCGGCACCGAGGUUUCUAGCUUUAAUCUGUAGACGUGGACGCCCGGGCUGGAUUGAGUUUGAAUUUUAAUUUCCGCCAAUCUCGGGCACGUUUCCCGUGCGAGAUCACCCGGUUUCCGUCCUCGCGUCGGGCGCG